UUCGUAAUUCUUAAAGGGCCAGGGUACUAAAUCGAGUGUGAUCUUCAAACGAGCAAGAUCGCUUUGCUAUUUUCAUAAGUAGUUUUUUAUGUACCUUUUCUAAAAUAUGUCUCGAGUUCUAAUAGUUGGUGCUGGACUUACAGGCAGUUUAUGUGCCUGUCUGCUGCGGAGGAAGCUGCCUAACAAAGUAAAUAUUGUCGUGUGGGACAAAUCUCGGGGUGCAGGGGGGAGGAUGUCCACAAGCAGAAGUCCAAAUGAUCCUUCAUGCACAGUUGAUCUUGGUGCUCAAUAUAUAAGUGCUACACCGUACUACGCUCGUAUUCACAGCAGUUUUUAUGAAGAACUCUUAGCACAAGACAUUUUAAAACCUCUCGUUGCUCCUGUUGAAGGGAUGAUGUUAAAGGAAGAAGAAAUUGUGAACUAUGUGACACCCCAUGGAGUCUCCUCCAUCAUCAAACACUAUCUCAAAGAGUCAGCAGGAGCAGAGGUGCUCUACGAUCGACACGUCACUCACAUUCACCGGAAAAGCACUACCUGGGAAGUGUGUUGCAAAGGGGGAAUGCCAGAGCGGUUUGACAUUGUGGUUUUAACCAUGCCUGUACCGCAGAUACUUCAGCUGCAAGGAGAUGUGGAAUCAUUGAUAGGGGAGAAUCAGAGGAGGAUGCUGGAGGCUGUCAGCUACUCUUCUCGCUACGCACUUGGACUCUUCUACAAAGCCGACACACGAAUCGACGUCCCCUGGGCAGCCAAGUACGUCUCCAAUAAUCCCUGUGUUCGCUUCAUCGCCAUAGAUGAUAAAAAGCGCAAUUUAGCUUCGAAGACCUGCGGACCUUCUGUGGUGGUGCACACUAGUGUGCCCUUUGGCAUCCAGCACCUGGAGGAGGAGAAGGAUGCGGUACAGCCCAUCAUCCUGGAAGAACUGGAAAAGUUGAUGCCAGAUCUACCUCAGCCUGACAGCAUCAAGUGUCAGAAGUGGAGAUACUCCCAGGUGACAAGAUCGGUGGCUGAUUGCCCAGGGCAGAUGAUACUGCACUCCCAACCUCUGCUGGUGUGUGGAGGGGACGGCUUCACACACUCCAAUUUCGACGGCUGCAUCGAGUCUGCCCUGAAGGUCUUUGAGGUUCUGAAGUCUUCUCUCUGAAAGGGGGUUGGGAAAGUAUGCCUUUAUUUUGGGUUUUUGUUAUGGAGGAUGGCACAUUGAUUUAGAUUUAAGCCCCUCCCUGCAGGAAGAUGGAUGUACUGCACAAAGCACAGUAGAACUGUCUCGCCUGUGUCUGCAGACAUACAUUUUGCUACAAAAACCAAUUAUACCGUCUGUGCUGGAUGCUGAGGAUUAGAGGACAACAGAGCACUGUGCAAGUUUAGUUGUGACUGAGGCAGAUGCCUCAUACUGGCUUUGAUACAAUGUCUUGAACUACGGUUUUCUGAUGUGUAGAAAAUAAUAUGAAUGUGUUCCGGUACUGUCAGCCUUCUCCUGUCAUAGUCUCAAAUUAAUAAAGUAAUUAAAACAUGCUUAAAUGCGUCUCUCAUGUGGGUAGUUGACAUUCUGCGACAUGACAUGCUAUACUCCAAACUAUUAUGGUAUUGUGCUUUUAUCCUUAAAAUUCUAAAUGAUAAUCUAGUAAUUUUUUUCAUUAAUUAUUAUUAUUUUUAUUCAUUCAUUAUUUUAUUUUAAUUAUUUAUAAUAAUCACAAUAAAAAAUAACAAUUAUUUUAUACUGACAUUAAUACAUAAACUAUAUAAGAUUAAUAUUGUAGUUUAAUUAAAAGUUUGUCAAUUUGCAAGAUCAUGUAAAAUUAACCAGCAAAGACAAUUGUUAAUUAUUAAAAUUAGAAAGUAAUAAUAAACAAUUUCUCACCAACAGAGUUAAAGAUUUAAAUAAUUGUGAGAACUAAAGUAAUGAUUCUGAGGAAUUAGCUAAAUAUGACCCUAGUGUUAGCACCAAUAUCCUCGUGGUUAGUGUGUUGACACAUUGAACUGAGUUCAGUUCCCGUCUCGAGGUCCUUUGCUGAUCAUGUGCAGAGGUAGUGUUAAAUUUCUUCUGAAGUAUAUUUGAUUGUGUUAAAGUGGAACUAUUACGAGUAUACUUCAGGUACACUUUAAAUAUCUUGAAUUUGUAGACUCAAAGAUUAGUUCAAAGAUAAUACAAUCCUAAUAAAUAAUGACUUGAGAACACAUUUAGACUUAAUAUUAAGGAUUGUGCAUUGUGUACAAGUAGUGCUCCAAAUAUUAUUUCAGUAAGUCUUGAGCAAUAUGUCAGAAAAUGUUCAUUUAUUUGAACUAUGCUUAGUAUGAAGUAAUUGUUGCUUCUUCUUUUUUUACUAGCGGAGCAAUAAAAGACAAAGUUAUAUAUAAAAUUCUAAUUUUGAAAUAGAAAGUUGAAAUUUAUAGAUAAAUUUGCUGUUAUGUAAUAUUAUUUUUAUUUUAUUUUUACCAAGGCAGAAAUGGGUUUACAUGCUUUCAUGAAAAUUUUAACCUACAAUUUUAAUGUUUAUUAAAAUAUGUCAUGCAUCAAC